UGGGAAUUGGGGGAAGUAGUGGAGGAGGGGGGGGGGUUAAUGUGGAUAUCAAGGUGAAUGAGACAAGCCAGUGUGACGGUAAAGACAAAGGGGGGGCGGCGCGCAAAGGAAAGUGGGAGUGGGAGGGAGUGGCUUUGUGUGGCUCAAAACGAGAGUGAGAGAGAAAGAGAGCAAAAGAGAAACAGGCCAGACAAGCAGCAGCAGCCAGACAAGCCAGGCAGUCAGGCAGCCGAUGCAAGGAUGGCCUCAGGUAUAACCAACCUUCGCAAAAAAGAGUGCGGCUCCAGGCAAGUCGACAGCAAGCGGAAUUAGAAGAAAGAGAGAGAGCAAGAGAAGAAGUGGGUGACGAUUAGAACAAUAGUAGUGGUGAUGAUGAUGAUGAUGAUGAUGCUGAUGCUGAAGCUAGAAGUGGACGAUGGGAUGGGAU